CAGAGAGGCUCUUUGGCCUGGCCCAUUUAAACCGUACCCCUUGGCCCUUGCCUGUUCCCUUCCCUGCUUCGCUCUCGUGCUGGCGGAUCGCGUACUCCCUCGAAUUAGGGUUCUUCCAUCGGACGACCUUGAAGCAGAUCUCUGGAAAUGGCUGAUGAAGCGAACCGGAUGGCUUUUAUUGAGAUACAGAGCCGUAUGAUCGAGACAACCGGGAAGCUAAAGCAGGUGCAAAAUCAGAUGCGAACUAAAGAAGGUGAAAGGAAACGAGCUUACCUAACCAGGGAAGAACUUAGUCAGUUAUCAGAUGAUACAAAUACCUACAAAUCCAUUGGAAAAGUGUUUGUUCCAGAACCAAAAUCAUUUCUGUUGAAUGAUCAAGAGCAGAAAUCUAAAGAUAGUGAGAUAUCUACAAAUUCUUUGCAGCAAAUAGAGCAGUUGAAGAGACGGUCACAUGCACUGACUGGGGAAGUGAAUUUUGCACAAGAGGAGGAUAUUCGGUUAGAGACAACACGGGCUCGAUUGUCAAAUGUACUGAAAAGGCAUGAAGAAUUGACAGAGCGGUUAUCAAGGGACUCUGAUAAGAUAAUAUUUGAACGUUUGGAAAAGGAAUUUGAUGCGGCACGAACUGCUCAAACUGAAGAGAUUUCUUUGGAUGAAGAGCAGUGGAAUGACGGACUACUAGCUACAAUCCGUGAAAAAGUCCAUAUGGAAGCAGAGAGAAAAGCAAUGUCUAAUGAAACAUGUACACCAUUGGAUCCAUUGAUUCAUGCCAAAAUAACAUACAAAAUGAAGAAUAAGGUAAUCUGUUGUCUAGAAGGUGCAAGAAUUGGAAUACAAUUUGAGACUUAUUUUGCAGGAGAACCCUGUGAAACUUACCAUUGUGUGCUUGAAAGCAAAUCGUUUCUUGAAAAGAUGUCUGUAAUUGAGCACACGGUUCCUUUCUUCCUCCCAAUACGUGAAGCAGAAAAUGACCUUCUCUCUUCUAAUGCCAUUAAAUUUGUAGAUUAUGUUGGAGAAAUUUUGCAAUCAUACGUGGACAGGAGAGAACAGGUUCGUCUUAUCAAGGAGCUUUAUGGGAAUCAGAUAGGGGAACUAUUUCAUAGCCUUUCCUACAACUUGAUUGAAUUUGUAUUGGAGGACUUCGAUUGUAAGGUGACUGUUAGUCUUAGGUAUGCAGAUCUCGUUUCUAUACUACCUAGUCGUAUACGGGUUUUGGCAUGGCCUGUACACCCUUCGAAGAAGACCUUAGCAGAUGAGAAAAAAGGAGGUGCACAAUCUAUUCCAUCUCGUCUUCCUUAUGCCGAAGAUGCUCUCAGAACCAUGAGCUUGCCUGAAGCUUAUGCAGAGAUUGUACUGAACCUUCCCCAUGUGCUGCAACAAACAUUCCCUCACCUUGCAAGUUCUUAAUUUUCUGCAAGAACUUCCAUCUGUAACAGUGUUGAAGUUUCACAGUUAUCUCUAUCAUGACCACUUACAAGCAACUCUCAAAAACCCUAUGGCCCAACAGAGGAAUACGCAACUUGUUUGCUUCAUCUCACAAACUAACACAUGGUUCCCAUAUAUGUUCAACUCAAGAAUCUGUAAGCACUGUUUCAUCUCAUCUCCUGUCCUGUAUAAAUAUCUUCAUAUUAUAUAUUUUCAAUAUUCUUUAGUUGAAGUUAGAUCAUGUAUUUGCUAGACUUCUCUCCCUACUACUACAAAAGUCAUGUUACUGACUUCAAAUAACUUUCAGACUGCUAGAUGUUAAUUGAAGGAUAUGUUUUUCACUCAUUCUGUAAGCAUUGUUCCUAUGUCAUCUUCUGUCUAUGUAAAUAUUGUCCUAUUACUUAUUUUUCAAUAUUCUAUCAAAGCUACAUUGCUCACCUUAAUACUGUUAUUGUGUGAUGUCAGCAUUAUGUUUACACAGCCAGAAAGAAAUCAAUUUCAUGGAUUGGUCCAAUUUCCAAAAAACAGCCUGCAAACAAUUCUAUGGAUUAGCACAGGUCCCAUGCAUUGUCAAUACUUCUUCCCUUGCUUAAGUUGAGUUGAAUGUAAGAGCAUACCAGCGGAAAUUGAAACCACGGGUUCGAUUUAUAAGGAAUCGUAGUUGGGAAGUAGGGGGGCUGCUUACAAACUGUGCUGACUCAUGGAAUUGGUUUCCUUGAUGUCUGUGUACAGACGUUAAAGUUAUGUUCGAGUGACCUACAGACUGCUAGAUGUUAAUUGAAGGAUCUGCUCAUUGAACAGGAUGCAUUUCACAUUAUUAUCACGAGUGGACACUGGCAUGGUCCUGGAGUUAAAAGCAUUAUUCUAUUUUAGAAUAAGAUUUAUGAAAUUGCGAUUGCAGUUGUUA